ACAACAAUAGCACCACAAACAUCCACAAGAAUUGAAACAACUACUGGUACCCAAAGUAAAACUGCUGCUGAAACAAGCACAACAACUCAACUAUUCACAACAAUAGAAUCAACUAUGGGUACCCUAAGAAGUACAAUAGGUGAGACAACAACACCCGAAACAUCAGCAACAAUAGAAACAGCUACAGCAACCCAAACUACAACUGCUGAUGAACCAACAACACUACAUCAAAUGUCUACAACAAUAGAAACAACUACGGGUACCCCAAGUUCAGCAAUAGCUGAAACAACAACAUCUGAAACAUCAACAACAAUUGAAGUAACUACCACUACCAAAAGCAGUACCAAAGCUGAAUCAACAACAACACCUCAAACUGCCACAAUGAUAGAAACAAAUACUGGUACCCAAAGUAGUGCAAUAGCUGAAACAACACCAGAAACUUCCACAAUAAUUGAAACAACUACAGCAACCCAUACUACAACUGCUGCUGAAACAAUGACAAUAUCUCAAAUUUCCACAACAAUAGAAACAUCCAAAACUGCCCAAACUUCAACUUCUGCAGAAACAACAAAACCGGAAACUUCCACAAGCAGAGAAGCAACUAUUGCAAUCCAAAGUACAACAACUGCCGAAACGAAAGCAACACCAGAACCUUCCACAUCAAUCGAGACAACUAACGGUACCCCAAGUAGUACAAUUGCUGAAACAACAAUACCUCAAACUUCCACACCAAAAGAAACAAGUAUGGCUACCCAAAGUAGAACAAAAGCUGUAACAACAGCAACACCACAAACUUCCACAACAAUUGAAACAACUACCGCUACCCAAACUACAACUGCUACUGAAACAACCACAAAACCUCAAACUUCCACAACAAUAGAAACAACUAUGGGUACAGCAAGUAGUACAAUAGCUGAAACAUCAAAAUCAGAAACAUCAACAACAGUUGAAACAACUUCGGGUACCCCAAGUAGUACAAUUGCUGAAACAACAAUACCUCAAACUUCCACACCAAAAGAAACAAGUAUGGCUACCCAAAGUAGAACAAAAGCUGUAACAACAGCAACACCACAAACUUCCACAACAAUUGAAACAACUACCGCUACCCAAACUACAACUGCUACUGAAACAACCACAAAACCUCAAACUUCCACAACAAUAGAAACAACUAUGGGUACAGCAAGUAGUACAAUAGCUGAAACAUCAAAAUCAGAAACAUCAACAACAGUUGAAACAACUUCGGGUACCCCAAGUAGUACAAUUGCUGAAACAACAAUACCUCAAACUUCCACACCAAAAGAAACAAGUAUGGCUACCCAAAGUAGAACAAAAGCUGUAACAACAGCAACACCACAAACUUCCACAACAAUUGAAACAACUACCGCUACCCAAACUAAAACUGCUACUGAAACAACCACAAAACCUCAAACUUCCACAACAAUAGAAGCAACUAUGGGUACAGCAAGUAGUACAAUAGCUGAAACAUCAAAAUCAGAAACAUCAACAACAGUUGAAACAACUUCGGGUACCCCAAGUAGUACAAUAGCUGAAACAACAAUUAAACCACAAACUUCCAUAACAAUUGAAAAAACUACGGAUACCCAUAGUACAACUGCUGCUGAAACAACCACAAAACCUCAAUUUUCCACAGCAAUAGAAACAACUACUGCUACCCCAAGUAGUACAAUAGCUGCAACAACAACAAAACCGCAGACUUCCAUAGCAAUUCAAACAACUACCGGAACCCCAAGCAGUACAAUAGCUGAAACAACAACACCGGAAACAUCAACAACAAUAGAAAUUACUACAGUUAAUCAAAGUAGUACAAAAGCUGAUGCAACAACAACAACACCUCAAACUUCCACAACAAUAGGAACAACUGCGGGUACCUCAAGUAGUACAAACUCUGAAACAACAAUAACAACACAAACUUCCACAGCAAUUGAAACAACUAAUGCUGCACAACCUACAACUGCUGCUGAAACAACCAAGACACGUCAAAUUUCCACAACAAAAGAAACAAGUACAGAUGCCCAAACUACAACUUCUUUUCAAACAACAAAUCAUGAAACUUCCGCAACCACAGAAAAACUUUGUCAAUCCAAACUACAACAACAGGCACAACGACAGCAACACCACAAACUUCCACAGCAAUUGAAACAACUACCGGUACCCAAAGUAGUACAAUUGCUGAAACAAUAA